UUUGUCGGAAUACGGAUAGGGAUUAAAGUUGCUGAAGUAAGAAGUAACCGGCUCAGGUGUUUACACAUCUUUGUGGCUUUAUUUUAAAUACAUAAAUCGCAAUGUCUCGGGGUUCGAGUGCGGGAUUUGACCGCCACAUCACCAUCUUUUCUCCUGAGGGCAGACUUUAUCAAGUCGAAUAUGCGUUCAAGGCCAUUAAUCAGGGAGGACUGACCUCAGUAGCGGUGCGGGGGAAAGACUGCGCUGUCGUCGUCUCUCAGAAGAAAGUUCCUGACAAACUACUGGACGCCUCCACCGUUAGCCACUUAUUCAGAAUAACGGAGAACAUCGGCUGUGUGAUGACCGGCAUGACAGCUGACAGCAGGUCGCAGGUACAAAGGGCUCGCUACGAAGCUGCUAACUGGAUGUAUAAGUACGGAUACGAGAUCCCAGUGGACAUGCUGUGUAAGAGGAUCGCGGAUAUCUCUCAGGUGUACACGCAGAACGCAGAGAUGAGACCGCUCGGCUGCUGUAUGAUCGUGGUCGGGGUGGAUGAGGAAUGCGGCCCACAGGUGUACAAGUGCGACCCCGCCGGGUAUUACUGCGGCUUUAAAGCCACGGCCGCCGGCGUCAAACAGACCGAGGCCACCAGCUUCCUGGAGAAAAAGGUCAAGAAGAAGCUAGACUGGACCUUCGAGCAGACCAUCGAGACUGCAAUCAGCUGCCUGUCUACAGUUCUGUCCAUUGACUUUAAGCCUUCGGAGCUGGAAGUGGGCGUGAUCACCACAGAGGAACCCAGGUUCAGGAUUCUGUCUCAGUCUGAGAUCGACGCCCAUCUCGUGGCCCUGUCCGAGCGCGAUUGAGAACGAAGACGUUAAGUUUGUAAGAAGCACUACGUCAUAUCCUCAGUAUUCAGGUCGCCCUCUCUCUGCCUCUCUCUCUCUCUCUCUCUCUCUCUCUCUCUCUCUCUCUCUCUGUUUAAUUCGCUUUCUCUUGCAACACAUCAAUAAAAACACAACUGUUUUUGACGA